AUGGAAGCAGUGCAUGAAGACAUUGUGAUUGUGGGAGCUGGAAUUGCUGGUCUUACAACAUCCUUAGGACUUCAUAGGUUGGGAAUUCGAAGCUUGGUGUUGGAAUCCUCGGAUGCUUUGAGGAUCACUGGAUUUGCCUUCACGACAUGGACAAAUGCUUGGAGGGCCUUAGAUGCUGUUGGCCUUGGGGACUCCCUACGACAACAUCAUCAAAGGCUUUGUGGGAAUGUUUCUACCUCUACAAUUUCAGGACUUCAAACCUCAGAGAUGUCAUUUGAAGUCAAAGGAAAAUAUGGAGACCACGAAGUUCGUUGUGUUCAAAGGAAGUUGUUGUUGGAAGCUCUUGCAAACGAACUCCCGAGUGGCACCAUUAGGUUCUCCUCCAAGGUGGUCAAUGUAGAGGAAUCAGGCUUCCAUAAGCUUGUGCAUCUUGCGGAUGGAACCAUUCUCAGAACCAAGGUGUUGAUUGGGUGUGAUGGAGUGAACUCAGUGGUGGCAAAGUGGCUGGGCUUCAACAAACCAGCUUUCACAGGGAGAUCUGCCAUUAGGGCCCGUGUGGAUUUCAAGCGCAAUCAUGGGUUUGGGAACAAGUUCAUGCAAUUUUUUGGGAAAGGUGUUCGAUCUGGUUUUAUUCCUUGUGAUGAUAACACCGUCUAUUGGUUUUUCACCUGGACUCCUUCCUCCUCCAGCCAAGAGAAAGAGAUAGAAGAUAACGCAGCUGAAAUGAAAAGACUUGUGCUAAGCAAGCUAGGAAAAAUGCCUGAUGAAGUAAGGGCUAUUAUUGAAAACACUGAUUCGGAUAGUUUUAUAUCAUCCCCAUUGAGGUACAGACAUCCUUGGGAGCUUCUUUGGGGAAAUAUCAGCAAAGGCAAUGCUUGUGUGGCCGGUGAUGCACUCCACCCCAUGACUCCAGACAUUGGCCAAGGUGGUUGUGCUGCCUUGGAAGAUGGUGUUGUCUUGGCCAGGUGCCUUGCUGACGCGUUCUUGAAAGAACCAAGUGGGGAGAAGUUAGCUGAAAAAGAAGAAUGUAAGAGGAUUGAAAUGGGGUUGAAGAAGUAUGCCAAAGAGAGGAGAUGGAGAAGCAUUGAGCUCAUUACUACUGCUUAUAUGGUUGGUUUCUUCCAACAGGGUGAUGGAAAAGUGACGAACUUCUUUAGGGAUAUAUUUGCUGCAUACUUGGCUGGGGUGCUGUUGAAAAGGGCUGAUUUUGAUUGCGGGAAGCUUAGCAUUUCCUAAAUGCA